UCAGUUAUGCGAUUUUGACUUCUGAAUUGCCAUGUUUUAUUAGCUCUCUAUGCGCCUUCUUUCCUUCUCAGUCGAACCCUUAAAUAUUGUAAAAAUAUCAACUUCCUUGUCAUUCAGCAAGUGCUCUUUGAACGGCUUUGGGUGAACUUGGUGACAGCUCCGUAUAUUGCCAUCCAGAAGACCAAACUGGAUUUUCUAGGUCUUGUUGGACUUCAUCAUUCUGCAGGAAGUCUCUCACAUCCUGCCUAUUAGCUACUUGACUGUAUAUUAUGGUCUCUCUGCCGUGACACAACCUGAUCGGCUUUUUCCCCAAGCCGCGCAACAUGUCAAACCGGCGGUGGAAUGACAAGUUGGCAUUUUUGACCGCGAUUCAUAUCCUCUCACUUCUAACGGCCAAGUGCUCCGGUGACAGUACAUCUGAAGGGAAACUCUGGGCCUCAGGAAGGCCACAGAGCACUGGUGCUAACCUGGAGCGCUAUGAGACAACGGUACCUUUCCUACUGCACGGAGAAGAGCUCUGGCCUGUCAGCCUCCUCAAAUCCAUGAGCCACCCCGCUUCAGUGAAGUUGCUAAUCUCGGCAGAAGGGGAACAGUUGGUCCUGCUUCUGGAGAAAAAUGAGGGGCUGUUUGCGAAUCAUUACACGGAAACGCACUACCUGGAGGACGGGAGCUCUGUCACCGCUGCUCGUAAUUUCACGGUAAAUUGCUACUACCAUGGUGAAGUACAGGGUCAUGAACAUUCAGAUGUCAGCCUCAGCACCUGCACUGGUCUCAGGGGAUUCAUCACACUUGAAAAUAAAACCUUGGUCCUGGAACCGGCGUUUUAUCCAGACAAUGGAACCCAUCUGAUUUACAGAGGGGAGAAUCUGGGGAGUCCUCUCGGUACCUGCGGUCAUGGACACAAUGUAUCAGUGGCCUAUCCAGACAACACAGGAAGCCUCUUCAGAUCAUUCAGCACCAGGCACAAAAGGCAGGCCCAAAAGACCACCAAGUACGUGGAGCUGAUCAUCGUGGCUGACAACAGGGAGUUUCAGAAACAAGGGAAAGAUCUGGAGAAGGUGAAGCAGAGACUGGCCGAGAUCGCCAACUACGUGGACAAGUUCUACAGAGCGCUGAAUAUCCGUGUGGCUCUGGUGGGGCUGGAGGUGUGGAGCGACGGGGAUAAGUGCUCCAUCACCCAGGACCCUUUCACCACCCUGCACGAGUUCCUGGACUGGAGGAAACUCAAACUGCUGCCUCAGAGGCCCCACGACAACGCCCAGCUCAUCAGCGGAGUGUACUUCCAGGGCACCACCAUCGGCAUGGCGCCCAUAAUGAGCAUGUGCACGGUGGAGCAAUCCGGGGGCAUCGUCAUGGACCACUCUGACAACCCGUUGGGGGCGGCGGUGACCCUGGCCCACGAGCUGGGGCACAACUUCGGGAUGAACCACGACACCCCGGAGAGGGGCUGUGGGUGCAGGAUGACGGUGGACAGAGGGGGGUGCAUAAUGACCCCGUCCACCGGGUACCCUUUUCCGACAGUGUUCAGCAGCUGCAGCAAGAAAGACCUGGCGGCCAGUCUGGAGAAGGGCGUGGGCAUGUGCCUGUUCAACAUGCCUGAAAUCAAGGUGCUGUACGGCGGGCAGAAGUGCGGAAACGGCUACGUGGAGGAGGGCGAGGAGUGCGACUGCGGCGAGCUGGAGGAGUGCACCAACCCCUGCUGCAACGCCUCCACCUGCACGCUGAAGGACGGAGCCGUUUGCGCACACGGACAGUGCUGCGCAGACUGCCAGCUGAAGCCUGCCGGGACGCCCUGCAGGGAGUCCACCAACGCCUGCGACCUUCCCGAAUUCUGCACCGGCACCAACCCCCACUGCCCCGCCAACGUCUACAUGCACGACGGCCACGCCUGUCACGGCGUGGACGGCUACUGCUACAACGGCAUCUGCCAGACCCACGAGCAGCAGUGCAUCACUCUGUGGGGCCAAGGAGCCAAGCCGGCCCCUGGGAUCUGUUUUGAGAGGGUGAACUCCGCCGGGGAUCCGUACGGAAACUGCGGAAAGGAUUCCAGAGGGUCCUUCGCCAAAUGUGCAGCACGAGACGCGCAGUGUGGAAAAAUCCAGUGCCAAGGGGGUGCCAACCGACCCGUCAUCGGCACCAACGCCGUAUCCAUAGAAACCAACAUCCCUCUGCAGGAAGGGGGGCGGAUCCUGUGCAGGGGGACGCACGUGUACCUGGGGGACGACAUGCCGGACCCGGGCCUGGUUCUGACCGGCACCAAGUGCAGCCAGGGCAUGAUGUGUCUGAACCGGCGGUGCCAGAAUGUCAGCGUGUUCGGAGUGCACGAAUGUUCUGUGAAAUGCAGCGGCCACGGGGUCUGUAACAAUAAGAAGAACUGCCACUGUGAGGCGCACUGGAGCCCCCCUUUCUGUGACCGCUCGGGUUUUGGGGGGAGUGUGGACAGCGGCCCCAUGAGACUGGCAGCAGACAGCAGGAGUGUGGUGGUGGCGAUCCUAGUGACGAUGGCGGUGGUAAUGACCGCUGGCCUCAUCAUGUGCUUCAAGAGGAAGACUCUCAUUGGCCUACUUUUCACCAACAAGAAGACCACCAUCGAGAAGCUAAGGACUGUGGGGUCCAGCAGGCAGUCCAGCCCAAAUCAGCCACACCCUACUUACAGAGCCUCCCCUCUGCGCCAACCCCCAGCCAAACCCCACAGCUUCAGCAUUUACAAGCCCGUCCACCAGGGGGCGGAGCCUCUUCUCCCUCCUCACGGUUUCCACUCCCACAGCCUGUGCAGGCUUCCCCAGUACCAGCCAAUCCGCAUUAGCUCACCCAUCCCCCUGGCCCCGCCCCCAGCUCCACCCCCACACAGGGUCCUCCCUCCCCUCAGCCACGUCCCUCAGACAGCGGCUUCUUUUUGCAGCCUGCCUCGUCAGCGCCCCUACAGGCCAGACCAGGACUGGGAGAAGCCCCGCCCGCCCCAGAAGCCGCUGCCCGCAGACCCCCUGUGUCGAACGUCCCGCCCGAGCCACGGUCCCUCUGCCACGGGAGUCCGCUUUCCUGCGUCCGUCCCGAUUCCCAGCCUCCCCCGGGUCUCCAGGCCCAUGCCUGCUGUCCCACAGCCUGCCAGACCCGCACCCAGGCAACCCCACAUCCUGCCAAAGCCUCACACCUUCGCUGGCGUGAAGUAGAGGACGCGUUGGACAGGACGCCCGAAACUCCCGCACAAAGAACGCGAUCCUGAUUUGCACUAAGAGACUCAAACCCUCUGGACGAGCUUUGUCGUUUUUUGGGAGUUUCUCUACGAGGGGCUGAGCUGUGCUGAGCUUGGGUUGGCCGCUCAGUCCGGUGCUACGAGUCCCCGCUCAGGUACUUGUAACUUAUUUGUGGUCCGUAUUUAUUUUGCCAUGGGACGCUGUGCUUGACACUUUAGGCAGUGCAAUUUGUGACUGUUUUCUUUUUUUGUGACUGAAUUUUUUAUGUCAUUAUUAUUUUUGUUUUAGUUUUGAAAAGGAGGUUUUUAUACGCCGUAGCCGUGGGGCGUGUUAAGUUCCCCGCUGUGUUUUCAGAGCGGUGGGGAGAGGGAGAGAUUAAUGAUUUGUUUGUGAAAGAUCUCGCCAUAACUGAACAGUGAGUGGGCACUGUGAAAUAAACUGGAUUGUAAAUGUAGGCUUUAAGGGACGCAGUGGAGAUAUUAGGAUUUCUCUCUCUGCUAGAUGAGCGCAGCUGUAGGCCUGUUGAGAUACGAAGGCCGUUUCUUUUUUUAUUUUGUUUUGGGUUUUUUUGCGGUAACCCUGGUGACGUGGCUCGGAACGGGAGGUUCUAACUGCUGUGAAGGAUUCGUAUCGGGUUCUAACCCCCAGCUUGGACUCUGGGCCUCCACAGCACGCCACACCGAGCACCGCUGAACACUGAGCACACUGAGCGGUGUGUUCAGUGAUGUGUUAAUGAGGAGCCUGAGGCGUGGUAUCCCGUCUGGCUCUCUCCUGUACUGAACGCUGGGGGACGGGGGCUGCGGUGCUAGGCCACGAGCGUCCGGCUGUGAGGAGGCAGGGCGUCCACCGGAGGGCGCUGACGGGGUGUGGUGCUUACCCCUAAUUAUCCGUGACCCACAACCUGGUCCUUCAGCGGCUAGACCGUUACACAAAGAGCCUGUGUCUUUUAAGACCCGCAGGGGCGUCGAAAAUAAUUACCACACGCGCGAGUGCAUGGUCUGUGUGCUCGAAUGACGCGGACAGAAAACACUGCUCGGAAAAUGGCUCCAACCUUUUCUGGCUCGGUAAAAUUCCAUAAAACUCCACCCCUGGCUGUAGCGCUGACCCAGCCUUUUAACCAGCAGCUUAAACGUAUGCAAUUAUCGCCACGGCAACAAAAAGCGGCGAAAGCAUCGCCCUUUGCCAACCGAAAUUUGGAGCAAUAGAGUGCAGGUAAACAUCGGUUAAAAUUCAGAAUUAUAAAGAGUAAAUUCAGUCAGUUGUUGAUAACAAAUGACAGCUCCACACAUUUUGUGGUUCGUUUGGGGUACCCACACCACUCCACUUACGGAUGUGGAAUAUGCUGACGAUAUAUUGAAGUAAAAUGUAUUAUCAUGAUAUUGCAACUUCAAUUUAUGGACAAACAUACUAUGUAUUACUGCUUUCAGAUUUUACAAUGCGUCUUUAAAAAACACACAUUGGUGUUGCUGUAUAUAUAUUUUUAACGGCAAUAUAUUUCAGAGCACUCUGCUUUUUUCUACCUUGUACAUUUAUAGUCCACUGUAUUUAGGCCCAAAGGGUCCAGACUGGUCUAACUUUUUCAUUAAAAUCAGUUUUUGUCACUUUGAAAAGCCAUUAGGAAAACUCUGCUACUACUAUUGCACCUUUCUCAGCACAUAAUAAACAUUUCAUUAUUAUAGGACACCUUCAAGAUGUGGGGAACAAAACACAUUUUUGUUCUUUUGUUUUUUAAUUAAUUUUUUUCUUUUUGGAUCAGUGCUUCAUGAAUGAAUAGAUUUACAUGGAACAUGGAUGGGCUGACACAGUGAGCACAGUCAGUACGAGGAGAUGUCCUGAGGACAUACAGAUCUGUGGGUCUGCAGAGCAGUAAGAAAGCCCUGUAGUGCCCACAGCAUUCAGUAAUAAACAGCAAUAGCACCGUAAGGAGGUGAAGUCCAGAACGUGCUGUUUUUGAGCACCUUGUACCUUCUGACAGGUGCUAGUCUUUUUAGAUUAAUUUCCAUUCAUUUCUAUUAAUUUCAAAUGAAUUUCUUACAUUGCUGCAUAUGCAGAACUUCUGCAGGGUCAUUUUUCUUCAGUUUUCUUCUAAUGGAAAAAAUUUAAGCUUUAAUGAGGUUCAUUAAUCAGUAUCAACUGUUGCGCCCUGUUUUAGAAAUGUACUUUUUUUUUUUCUUUAGCCUGGCACAAUAAGGUGCUUACUGUAGAAGAAGGUGCUUGUAUUUGUAUUUGUUUGUGCGAUGUAAAUGAUUAAAGUGUAUAAAUGCCAA